GAAAAUGUGAACACUUUUUUGAACAGGACGAGUUUCAAAACAGAGGAACUAUCCACACUUACGGUUUUGCUUGCACUGAAAAAAAGACACCUGAACUUAUCACCUUAAACACAAUUCGAGCAGACGUUCCAAACCCCAACACUGAACCUAACUUGUACCAAUUA